AUGGCUUCACCCACCUUCUCCGAGGAGGGGGAACUAAGGGUCGAAUACGAGCGCCGCAACACGCCGCGACUCUCCGACCACAUAACACGCCGAGGCCACGUGGGACCGGUACCGCUCCCGUCCGAGUCCGUCUUCAUUCCGGUACCACCCUCGCACGCGAGCCCACCACGUACCCCGGGAAACGCGCCCAUACCUGGUAUGUGGCCAACAACACCAACAUCUCAACGAUCGACUGCCCCUCUACCGACGUAUCCGACGCAACCGUCCAUUCACAUGAGUCAAGCCGAUUACGCGUCCACUCCAGCGCGACAACAACCCCAUACGGCAACAAUGGCUGGCUCGCUGCACCCGGACCCCCUCGCCACUCCCGAGGACUGCGCGCGAGAGGCAUGGAGGAUCUUCGUCGAGCUCGGAGAGCAGGAGGGCGCGAUCGUACCGGAUGACCCCAUGGACGCUGCUGAUGCCGUCAUCGGCUGGCUACGCUAUUUCGCGUCCUCCCUCAAGACGGGGCGAAUUUGGACGAGACAUACUCGAUUCUACAACGACACCCAGCGUAUGCGAGCACUGGCAGACCUCUUGCGCGCCUCGAGGGAGAUGGGGGACAACAAUUAUCUCGAGUACGAUUACGAUCUCACGGACCUGGUCGAUCGAGCGGAACGUACUGGGCAAACACCCCUGCACCAGAUUAUGAGCGAAGGGGUCCCAAUCACGACACUCGACCACGCGCCGGUU